GCAGCCGAGGCAGGUCCGACGGAGCGGCGUCCCCCAUCCACCCCCCUCCGUACGCGUGCCGGGCGGGCGAUGGAGGAGGCCGGAGGGGUUUUCCCCUUCCGCGACGUCCGCUGGGACCCGGACCCGGCGCUGGAGCCGAGCCCGGCCGUGCGCGUGCCUUCUCCGGCUCCCUUGGUGCUGGACAACGGCUCCUUCCAACUGCGCCUGGGCUGGGCCUGCCGGGCCUCCGAGGUGCCCAGCGAGCCACUGCUCCGAUUCCGAUCGCUGGUGGCGCGCAGCCGCGGGGCGCGCGGAGGGGCCGGCCCCGAGACUCAGGUGGGCAACGACCUGGGCAGCCCCGAGCCCCUCCGCUGGCUGCUGCGCUCGCCCUUCGACCGCAACGUGCCGGUGCAGAUGGAGCUCCAGGAGCUGCUCUUCGACCACGGCUUCCAGCGCCUCGGGGUCGCCUCGCAGGGCUGUGUUGACCACCCAGUUGUGGUCACUGAAGCAGUCUGCAACCCUCUCUAUUCAAGACAAAUGAUGUCGGAGCUCCUGUUUGAAUGUUACCAAGUUCCCAAGGUUUCUUAUGGCGUGGACAGUUUGUACAGUUUAUAUCACAACAAGAGGCAGGGCUGGCCUUGCAGUGGUCUCAUAGUUUCCUCUGGAUAUCAAUGUACACAUAUUUUGCCAGUCUUGGAUGGCCGGUUGGAUGCUAGAAACUGUAAGCGUAUAAAUAUUGGAGGGUGCCAGGCUGCUCUGUACCUUCAGCGUCUCCUGCAGCUUAAAUAUCCUGGGCAUUUUGCUGCCAUUACUCUCAGCCGUGUAGAGGAAAUACUGCAUGAGCACAGCUAUGUUGCAGAAGAUUAUAAGGAUGAAAUGCAGAAGUGGAGGUCCCCUGAAUAUUAUGAGAACCAUGUGCAUAAGAUGCAGCUGCCCUUUUCAAAUAAGCUGCUGGGGAGCACCCUCACAUCUGAAGAGAAGCAGGAGAGGCGGCAGCAACAACUUCGACGGCUCCAGGAGCUCAAUGCUCGCCGAAGAGAGGAAAAGCUGCAGCUUGAUCAAGAGAGGUUGGACAGGCUGCUUUAUGUUCAGGAACUACUGGAGGAAGGUCAAAUGGAUCAGUUUCACAAAGGCUUGAUGGAACUGAACAUGGACUCUGCUGAGGAACUUCAGUCUUACAUUCAUAAGCUGAGUAUGGCCAUUGAGCAAACCAAGCAGAAAAUCCUACAGGCAGAAGUGAGCGUUGAAGUGGACGUUGUUGAUAGCAAGCCAGAGAUGCCUGAUCUGGAUCCAAUGGGCAGCGAACAAUCAAUGGAAGAUGUAGAAAGCAUGAAUGAAUUUGAGCCCUUAUUUGCUGAGGAGCAACCUGAAGUUGAAAAGCCAGUUACUACAGUACAGCCCGUGUUUAACCUGGCAGAGUAUCACCAGCUCUUUAUUGGCACGGAAAGAAUCCGAGUUCCUGAAAUUAUCUUCCAGCCAUCCUUAAUAGGAGAAGAGCAGGCUGGGAUGGCAGAAACCAUACAGUUUGUCCUGGACAGGUAUCCUAAAGAGCAGCAGGAAAAACUUGUCCAGAAUGUCUUCCUUACUGGUGGGAACAUGAUGUAUCCUGGAAUGAAAGCCAGAAUCUACAAGGAGCUGCUUGAAAUGAGACCAUUCCAGUCGUCUUUUCAGGUGCAUCUUGCUUCCAAUCCUGUUUUAGAUGCAUGGUAUGGAGCUCGAGAGUGGGCCCUGGAGUACAUGAACCAUGAUGAAGGCUGGAUUACUAGGAAAGACUAUGAAGAAAAGGGUGGAGAAUACCUUAAGGAGCACUGUACUUCCAACGUCUAUGUGCCCAUCUGUCUCCCAAAGCAGGCUCCGCGGGCAGCUGAAACUCCAGCAUCCAGCAAAGCGCCGGGAACUGCCGCAAACAAUGUCUCUGAGCAAGCAUAGAAUGCAGGCUGCAAUGGUAUGUAACUGCAAAAUAGACACAACCUGUGUAAAGCUUUUCAGAACUGCAAGGCAGCUGCCAUCCUGCAGAACCGGGUGCAAGUUUAAGUUCAACAUUUCCGGGCACCUCAGCUUGUGCAGUGAGCAAUUGUGUGUUUUAUCCAUGGUUGCCAUGGAAGAAUUGCAGGCUCUUCACCAGUUUUUGGUGUAAAAAAAUGCAAAAGAAAUAUCGGCCUCAUUGAGGCUAACAUAUCAUGUGUUUUAUAUUAAUAGACCAUGCUGUAAAAGCUGUUGGCAAUGUAAAUAAAGUAUUUUGGGUUUUCCCCUCCCCAUGUUUAUCAGUGUCAAAUGUUCCUAACAUACCAUAGGACUGAUUUCCAGAGAGGUAGCCAUAUUAGUCUGCUGCAACAGAAACUAUAAAGACCCUUAUGCCAGUUUGGACCAAAGUGUUUAUUUCAAACUUUGGUGAAUGUGAGCUCGCUUCAUCAGAUACAUCAGUAGCAAUAUUAAUCCAGGAGGGGGAGCCUUUACCCAAAGGAAGAUGGUAGUUUGAAGGAACAAAUCUUUGCUGAAAUUGAGAUUUUGGGUUUUGUUUCUUAUUCUAGUCAUCUGUUCAAAUGUUUGUGGACUUUUCCUUUCUUUUGUUCAAUAGCUAAAGGGGGGGAAACCCACAGUAUAGUUUCAGAAGUUUAUUCUGACAUACGUUUGUCAAAACGAGAAGGUUCAGCAAUGCACCGGUUUCUGAAACAUUUUAUUAUAUAAGGGAGGCAAACACUGGUGUGGUAGAGAGAGAAAACGCCUUAUUUGGUUCAGUUAGGGCAUCCUACAUUACUGCUGAAUAACUAAUUGAACAUGGCUUCAUUGGUUAGUGACCCCCUGCAUGCCGAGGAAAACAAAACUCUUGUUCAUUACUCUUGCUUAUAUUAAACAGCCAUUGUUUUAGCCUGUCAUAGUGCCACACAGAUUCUCUUCUAAAUGAAUGUAUCCCUGUAUGCUUGAACAUCGGCUCUAUUAAUCAGGCACACAACUGCAAAUUAAGGAAAAACUGUAACUCUUUAACAAGGGGAGAAAAUAGGGAAAGCAAUUAGCCCAAAUUAUGGCCCAAUUUUCAACUGUCAGUUAUUGUAGUACUGUCCAGGUAAAACAGAACAUUAGACUGCAAGGAACUGGUCCGAGAUUGCUCUUAUCACAGAAGCUGGAGAUAAUUUGUAAUUAAUUGGUGCCUAAAUUCUUGUAUAAGGUCUAGUUCAUGGUUUGCUUGGGUAGGUUACAUUCAGCUGCAGAUGCUAUUUUAUUUAUUACAUCUAAACAUGUUCGGCUGCUGAUGAACCCUCAAACACUCAUUAAGGUAUAGCAAAAUGUUAAUGCCAUCGUUUUCUCAAGGUGGGAAACUUUCAAGCUCUCAGAACCAGGCGAAAAUGCUUAAGCUGAGAUGUAUAGUUCUCAAUGUAGAACACUAGGAAGUUCACAAACUUUCUAACAAUCAAAAAGAAAAGCAGCCUAAUGGCCACGAAUAACCUCUCUGAACAAAUGUACGUUGAUCACUUAAUAUACAACAACCAAAUGUGUGUUGUAUAUGUAAUAUCAUCCUCAGUAAAGUCUUAAUGAUCUGGAUUCUUACAACAUAGACAACACCCUGCCUUUCAGUCCAAUUUGCCAAUUGCAAAUACAUCAACACUAGCUUCUCUGCAUCAUGUAGAUUUGUCUUAGAAUAGCCAUUAGGCUGUCUUCUUAAAAUUCUUCUAAAUAACUUACGAAAUGAAUCUAUAAACUUUGUAGUUUACUGCUUCUUUAUUAAUAUGCAUCCCAACUUACGUAUUUCCUUGCUGUUGAGUGAGAUUUCAAUUUGUGUUUCCUAUGGAAAAGAUUCCACACUCCUUCAGCUCAGAUGAAAGACAUAAUACUUUUAUGUAAUGUUGUGCCUGAGCACAGGUGAUCCAUAAUAUGGAGUCCAUUUAUAGGCAGUUGGCAAGCAUUAGCUGUCUUACAGAGUCUGCUUGGUUUGUCCAGGUCCGUCACUUUUGGCCCCAGGCCACAGUCAGGGCAAUUGAGGCCCCCAAGGCUGCAGAAGUAGAUUGUCAAGGCAACUCUUAGGUGGUUAGGUUUCAAGCAUCCUGUAUCUUUGCUUUGCCUAUGUCAUUAUUGGAAUGCGAUUUAACUUUUCAACAUGGCAGUAUCUAGAACUGAAUGCAGUACUGCAGAUAAGACUGUGACCAUUGCUGGAGAGACAGACAGGAACAUUUCUUUCCAGUUUUUAGGUACACAGUGCUUCUGUGUUAAUAUAAGACAGCAAUUGUCUUUGAAUCACACAUGUUUCUGAAAGAUAAUGAAACCAGAUUAUUGUAAACUUCAUUAUUCCUCAUUGAAUGCUUGAAAUCUAUCUUCAGAAUUAUGUGGCCUGUUCCAUGUUCAGAAUUGUGAAAUAUGCAAAAUCCUGAGGUUAAACACACAAGAUGCAACAAUUCUGCACUCUGAAGGCACAAGCAUUUUGUGCAUGUUGCCUGCAUGAGUUCAUUUCUGGCCUCACAAUGAUGACAUUUAGAAACUUGCUUAGAAAAGUCCAACCCUUAUUUUAAUACUCUACUUAGGCAUAUUGAAAAAAGAUAGGAAGCAGCAACUUUGUGCAGCUGACUGCUUGCAAGUUAUUUGUGCCCCAAAUUUAGCCACCAUGCGGUUUAUCUUCAAAAUGAUUGUUGUUGUUUUUCGUCUUGCCUUGACAAAAGAUUAAGUAUCUAAUCUCCCACUAAAUCAGUGGCAAACGUCCUGCUGAUUUUAACGGGCAGGAUUGUACCUUGACUUUAAUUUUUUCAAAAUAUAUAUAUAUUUAUUAAGAUUUUAUAACAGCAACAACAUACAACUACAAACCACACACUACACAAUACAUAAAACUACAAAGAUACAAAAAUACAAAAUACAAAAAUACUGAAAUACAAAAAACAACAAACAUACAAAAACAUACAAAUCAAAAACUCUAACUUAUAAACCUUAUUUCUAAUCUAUUGACUUCCUCAUUCCUCCUCUUUCUACGUUCCAUUAUAAAUCAUCUUUAGUAAUUUCUAAAUCUUACAUAAUCUCUAAAUUUUACUUAAUACUAACUUAUUUCUAUAUCUUUUAUAUCUUAAUAUUUUACAUUCCCAACUAUAUCCUUUCUUUUUACUCAAUUAUAUCUAAUUCUAACAACACUUAUCUCUCACCAUUGUAUUAUCUACACCCUCUUUGUAUCUCCCUUACUUCCAUUAAUUCUGUUCUGUUACACGCUUAUUCUUUAAAUAAACUUUAAAUUUCUUCCAAUCGUCUUCCACUGCUUCUUCACUCCGAUCCCAAAGUCUCUGAUCCCUUGACUUGUACCUUGACUUUAAACUGCAAAGAUAAAGCAGGAAUAAUCAGGUAGUACUAUUUUUGUUUUGCCCUGCUCCUUUGGCAAGCUUUCUAAUAGCACUUUAGCUUCAAAACGUCAUUCCCAGAACUCUACCAUUAACCACAAUAAUGGGUCAAUUAAGUGUACCAGGAAGUAAUGACAAGGAAAUAACAAGAGACAUGUUGAUUUCAGCUGCCCCCAGACAAAAGAAAAUUAAUGUUUGCCAAGUGGAAAAUGUUAAAAUCAACAGCAGGGGAGUGGAAUAAAUAUGUUCAAGUUUGUAAAGUCUUAUGAAGGACAGAACACAGUAGAAACUAGGACUGCAGUCCUGAGCACUCUUUCCAGGAAAAGGGUCCCAUUUAACCGAGUGUGUGAGUAAACAUACUUAGAAGCAGAUGUAAGUCACAUCACCAGUGUUAACUGGAGUUUGCAAUUUAGUUAAACCAAUUUACAACCUAGUAUUUUGUUAUGUUUUGAUUUUUUAAAGUUUAUGUUAACCAGAAUAGCAGGUCAACAUCACGUAUCAUUUGCUGGUUUUCCUGCUGCAACAAGCUGAUCUUGACAGGAGACAAGUGUACCUAUUCUGACAAAGGAUGGAGAGUGGGAUUAAAGAAGGGAUAUUACUACUACAACUACAACUACUAAGCCCAUUGUUCAAAUAGGAACUGGAAGUCUCUCCAUUUGCUUACAUUUGGCACUUGGCAUGGCCAAGCACAUAAAGAAGAAAAUCAGCAAUCAUUUUUAUUUUUUUUUAUUUUGCUCGGUGGGUGGUGGUUGUAGUAAUUCUAGUCUAGGCUUCGAUGCUGUGGCUGCAAUAUGUAAAGUUUUGAACAAGUUGAUGAUGAUGAACCACCCUCUUUUGAUGAUGGGUCGUAUGUAACUAAUAAGCAAAAUAAAAUACGUUUAAAGAACAGUUUAAUGGAUGAAAUAAAAAUGAAAGGUAUCCUAUUGCAUUAUAAAAGUUAACACUUACAAUUCCAUAUAUACUUACCUAAUAAGUAUUAUUGUUUAUCUAUCCCCUACCAUAUUUUGUAUAAAUGCUUUUCAUAUAACCUUAUACUUGUUCAUGCAAAGUCUAUGUCUAUAAGCAAUCCUUUCAUAAGUUGCAAGUGCAGUCAUAUCUUUGCAGUGCAUCAAUAUCAGUCUUUGGGCACGAAGAAUCUGUUUACGUUAAUAGGUCUUGACUUUUUGGCAGGUACUCCUCGGGAGUGGGUGUUAAGAGUUAAACAUAGUGAUCAAAAGAUUCAAAUAUACUUUCUCUCAGAUAAGUGUGUGAGCAUAUAUUCUCUUUUGCACACACAAUCUAGCUACCCAAUGAGGUUUGUGUAUGUGGUUACCAUUAGGAAGAUAGCCUAGUCCCAGCUUAUGUCCUGGCAUAGGGUGAUUUCUAUCCUUCUGGCCCAGUAAUUUAAUUACUCUAAUCUGUAUUUAUCUCCUUUAUGAAACAUGCAGUCCAACUACCAGAGACAGCCACAGAGGUUAGUUUUUUGCCUUUGAUGUAGAAGCAGAACCCAGACUUUCCCCAAAGCUCAGGUCCUAUUAUCUCUUAAAUCAUUACGGGAUCCUGCAGUUCCUUACAUAUCUUUUCACUGGCUUGGUUGUUUUAAUUAAUAUGCCCCAUCUUUGUUUUCAGGCAACCGCAUACUUUUGAUCCAUGAAUAAUUGAACUUAUGGCCAAGCUACAUGUUAUGCAACUACAUAUAGCAGGAGUCUGGUGGUCAUUUUAAGUUUUAAAAACAGCAGCUUCUAAUGCAGGCAUCCCCAGACUCAGCCCUCCAGAUAUUUUGGGACUACAAUUCCCAUCAUCCCUGACCACUGGUAUUG